AUGGCUGCUACUGAUGCGCAGCGGGUUAAGCCCACUAAGCCGGACGAGGCCGCCUACAAGACCAGUCUCGCUGAGGCCGAGAAGGAGCACACUGCUGCUCAAGAGAAAUUGAACCAAAUCAAGGCAAAAUUGGACAGCGCCAAGCCCAACAACCAGGAUUCGCCCACCGUUAAGAGGCAGCAGGAGCUGCGCGCCGAACUCUCCUCCAUUCGCCAGAAGCAGUCCGGCUUUAAGUCCAGCCGGUCUUCCAUCCAGGAGAAGAUCAACGCCUUGGACGCCAACCUCAAGGCCCGUAUUACCGAGCAGAACAACUCUCGUGGACGUCUAUCAUUCAAGAGUGUUGAGGAGAUCGAUAAGGAAAUUGCCCGUCUGGAAAAGCAGGUCGACUCCGGCACCCUUCGUCUGGUGGAUGAACGCAAGGCUCUCACCGAGGUCUCCAACUUGCGCAAGCAGCGCAAGAGCUUCGCCAGCCUGGACGAGGCGCAGAAGGGCAUUAAUGACAUCAAGACACAGAUCUCCGAACUGCGCAAGACCCUCGACAACCCCGAGGCCAAGGCACUGAGCGACAAGUACGCCGAGAUCCAGAAGGAGCUCGAUUCCAUCAAGGCCGAGCAGGACGGUGUUUUCAAGAACCUGAACGCUUUGCGUGAUGAGCGCACCAAGCUGCGCAACGAGCAGCAGGAAAAAUACACUGCUAUCCGCACUAUCAAGGAUGCCUACUUCAAGGCCCGUCGUGCCUACAAGGAGUACGAGGAUGAGGCCUGGCGUGUGCGCCGAGAGCGCCAGAAGGCCGAGCAAGAGGCCUUUGCUCGCGAGAAGCGCAAGAAGAUCGCUGAUAAGAAGCUAGAGGAAGCCUCGCAGCUUGCCUACGCCGAUGAGAUCCUGACCGCACAGGGUCUGAUCCGUCACUUUGAUCCCACCUACGACUUCACCUCCCUUGGUCUGGACGAGAAGAAGGAUGAGGGCGGCAAUUUCCGUGCCGGAGUUGGCCGCACUGUGGAAGCUGCUGAGAUCAAGGGAAUGAAGGUUGUGCGGAAGAACGACGAGGAGGACUACUUUGUCGGUUCCGGUGGCAAGAAGGGCAAGAAGGGCGGCAAGAAGGGCGGUGCCGCCGCCAGUGUUGAGAGCACCAAGUUCAACAUGAAUGUUGGUAUUAUUGAGGACUUCGCCAAGGUUAAGAUCGACCCUCCUAUGAACCAGUCGGAUGUUCCCGCCUCUGUGGAGAAGCUAGCAGCCAAGAUCACCGAAUGGAAGAAGAACCAGGCCAGCAAGACGGAAGAGAACAUCAAGAAGGCCCAGGAAGAGAUUACCCGCCUUGAAGAGGAGGAGACCGAGGCCGCCAACGUCCCCCACACCAACGGCCGGGCCACUGAUGCUGCCAAGAAGCCCGCUCAUAAGAACGUCGUUCCCUCGGCGGAAGCUGAGCUGGCUCAAGAGCUGGAUGCCGUGGCCGACGUUGAGGACGAGCUCAAGAAGGCCUCAAUUGAGGAUAAGGCAUAG